AUGACAAUCCCUAGGCUCGAGCUUUGCUCCUGUCUACUUCUCUCAAAACUUACACAGAAGGUCAUAGCUGCAAUAAGACUCGAAAUACACUCAGUUAUAUUAUAUUCAGAUUCAACAAUAGCCCUAGCAUGGAUAAACUCGCCUUCUAAUUUGCUCAAAACAUUUGUAAGCAACCGAGUGUCUCAAAUUCAGCAACUAUCUAAAGAUUUCCAAUGGAAACACAUUCCAUCAGAGCUUAAUCCCGCAGACUUGAUUUCCAGAGGACUUGAUGUUAAGGCUCUUGCAGCCAGUGAACUGUGGUUUAAAGGACCAGACUUUUCGAAAUUAAACUUACCUGAUCUUCAGAGUGUGCAAAUUUCCAGUGACUCAACCGACAAACUUUAUAUUGAUGAGUUGAAGCCAGUUUCCAAAAUAACUUUGACUUUAAAUAAUGACUCUAAAUUUUUAGAAGAUUUUCUAGUUAUCACUAAUGACUUUCAUAAAUUAAUCAGAAUUCUAGCAUUUAUUUUUAGGUUUGCCCAUAACUGCAAAUUACCUGAAAGGGUAAAAGGAUUCCUAGCACAGGAGGAAUACAUGAACGCGGAAAAAGUGCUCUUAAAAAUUGUACAGGUGAAGUAUUUUUCUUCUGAGAUCUCUGCUUUAGAAAAACGAUCGCCAGUUCCAUCUACCAGUAAGUUAAAAUUUCUUAAUCCCUUCAUAGAUCCAUCCGAUGGACUAAUUAGGGUAGGUGGCAGACUUGCGCAUUCUAAUUUAAAUUUUAAUCAGAAACAUCCAGUUAUUCUUCCGGCAGGAAAUAAAUUAGUUAAGCUCAUAUUUCAAUACUAUCAUAAACGAGAUUUCCAUGUAGGCCCUCAAGCCCUUCUAAAUACUGUACGAUUAAAAUAUUGGCCCAUUGGUGGCAGGAAUGCAGCACGCAAAGUUGUUCACGAGUGUGUAGAAUGCUUCAGAAACAAGCCAGUUGUCGCAAAUCAAAUUAUGGGGGACCUUCCUGCAGAAAGAGUUACACCUAGUUCAGCAUUUUUAAAUGCGGGAAUUGAUUUAUGUGGGCCGUUCGAAAUAAAAUAUAAGGGACAGAGAAAGGGUGCUUUUCAGAAAAUAUAUGUUGCUUUAUUUAUAUGUAUGGCAACCAAAGCUGUGCACAUAGAGUUUGUCUCGGAUUUAACGUCCGAAGUUCUAAUCGCAACCUUAAAAAGAUUUUUUGCGCGUCGUGGCAGAAGCUCCAUAAUUUUUAGCGACAACGCGACUAAUUUUACAGGAGCUUCAGCAGAACUUAAACGCUUAUACAAACUAAUGUAUAAUAGCGAAGACGUUUCGAAUAUGCUUUCCUCCGAAGGUAUAAGAUGGAAAUUCUUGCCCCCUAGAGCUCCCAACUUUGGUGGUCUUUGGGAGGCAGGCGUGAAAUCUUUUAAAUAUCAUUUUAAGAGAGUGGUAGGCUCCGCAAGACUAACUCUUGAAGAGUUUUUAACAGUAAUCACUCAGAUAGAGGGCAUCCUCAAUUCGCGACCUCUCACACCCCUACCGUCUGAUACUGACGAAUUUCAAGUUUUAACUCCGGGCCAUUUCCUUAUAGGAAAACCUAUAAAUUCGAUACCAGAACCUAACUUCAUCGACAAAAGAGACUAUCUUCUUAAUAGAUGGCAAAGGGUUAAAAAAUUAGUGCAAACUAUUUGGAGACAUUGGCAAAGCAGUUAUUUGAGCCAUUUACAACAACGCUCAAAGUGGCUGCUCAAAAAACCAAAUUUAUGUCCUGGCAUGCUAGUUCUUGUGAAGGACAUUCAACUUCCAACUUAUCAGUGGCCUUUAGGUCGAAUCAUUAGAGUAAUUUGA